AGACGUCGAUUACUCGUUCGUUCGAUUGCUUUUCAUCAUAAAAACACUACGGAAUUAGGUGCUGCGCUAGAAACUAGGACACUUGCACGGUGAUUACUUACCCGCCGCUUGAAAACGGCUCGCCGAUUGGAGCCACUCGGUCCGAGAGUGCAAAAGUGAAAGUUCACCACAUCCCGCAUACGGCAGUAUGGCGGAGCCGAAUGCGUUGCCACCGGAUGUUAAUCCCGAAAAUAAUCCCAUCCCCGGUGCACCGUUGAUCAAUCCGGGCAGGCCGAGGAACAAUGUGCAGAAUCCGCUGAUAAAUGUUCGCGACCGACUGUUCCAUGCAUUGUUUUUCAAGACGGCCAUCGCCUACGCACAGACGAUUCCACGGCCUGUUCGGCGUGCAAUCGAGCUGAUGAUGUUGCUGAAAGCGUUAACUGCAUUCUUCAUCUUGGCAUACAUUCAUGUGCGGUUUUCACAAACGCCUACGACGUGCCUGGAGCACGUGAAAAACGAUUGGCCUCGUGAUGGCAUUCUGCGUGUGGAAAUCCUAAGCCUUAGCCAAAGCGAACAUGAUGCAUCGAAAGGGACGUUGGCGGGAAUGGAUGACAAUGACGUAAACGUGCUGAGGAACACGUUGAAAAACGGCAUGAUAAGUAUCGAUCCUUCAACGACGCUACCGCACGAAGAAGAACAGAACCAGAACGCAAACGUGCUGCACCAGCACAACUAUGCCAACAGCAGUCCGCUACCGGGAAAGGUACCCUAUGGCCAUGAGCCGAUGACGACCGAUAUCUAUGCCACACCACGGCAGGAGACUUUUAUCGUUACGGAAAAUUUAACUGGUGUUACAAUCGAUAGCACGCCAUUUCCGGGUGGAGGUGGUGGUGGAAAACUGGUCACCAUCGAACGGGAACAUGCCGAGAAAAAGCCGAUGGUUGAGCAACCGGAAAGGGUGGACAAUGUGGUGGUGUAUGCUAAUCAAACCAUUAUGAAAACGCUAGCUGAACUCGAGCAAAGUUCGAGCGGUGAAGGGGAACUAAAAUCGGAUGUACCGGUUAUGGAAAAGCUACGCAAUGCAGUUAUGGCUCCGGAUCAGUACAUCGUGGAGUAUUCGCUCGAGUACGGAUUUCUGCGCCUUUCUGCGGCCACUAGACAACGUCUGAACAUUCCCGUGCACGUUGUUCGACUCGAUCCGCAAGUGAACAAGUGUUUCGGUGAUUCGUUCAGCCGGCUAAUUCUGAAGCACUUUCUCGGCUACGAUGAUAUACUGAUGGCCUCGGUUAAGGUGCUGGCGGAGCAGGAGGACAACAAGGGAUACCUGCGGAACGUGAUCACCGGGGAGCAUUUCCGUUUUGUGUCGAUGUGGUGGAUGGGUCGUGGUUCCUACACGGCCGCAUUUUCGAUUAUGGUUCUAUUUACGAUCACCAUUUCAAUGUUGCUUCGCUACUCGCAUCAUCAAAUAUUUGUGUUCAUUGUGGAUCUCCUUCAAAUGCUGGAAUUUAACGUACCAGUCCGUUUUCCUGCCGCUCCUCUACUGACGGUUAUAUUGGCGUUAGUUGGCAUGGAAGCCAUCAUGUCGGAGUUCUUCAACGACACCACGACCGCCUUCUACAUCAUCCUGGUGGUUUGGUUCGCCGAUCAAUACGAUGCAGUUUGCUGUCAUACAAGUGUCACAAAACGUCACUGGUUGAGAUUCUUCUACUUGUACCACUUCUCAUUCUACGCAUACCACUACCGGUUCAAUGGGCAGUACAGCAGCCUGGCGUUGGUUACAUCUUGGUUGUUUAUUCAGCACUCGAUGAUAUACUUCUUCCAUCACUACGAGCUACCGGUGAUAAUUCAACAGGCGCAGCUGCAGCAAAUCAUCAUCCAGACGCGCAGCGACCAUGCGCAGGCGCAGCUGGGUGCCUUCCAGCAGCAGCGACCACAGCAACCGUCCCAGCAGCAACAGCAGCAGCGUUUCAAUCGUCGCCCGAACCAACCGCGGGCGCAGCAUAACUAUAGCGUCCAGUGGACGAACCUGCUGCGGCUGUUGCGCCGUCAGAACGACAACAACAACAACCUGAACCUGCUGAACCGGCUGCCGCGCUACAAUCUGCACACGCUGAACUUUGGCAGCCACCACGUGGUGAACAACAUCAACGGGUUCAACGCGUCCCUGCGCGACAUCGCCCGCAAUUCGAUCCAGUAUCUGCGCGCGAACCUCAAUCACGGCAUGGCGCGGCUCGGGCACGCCGGGACCGGCAUUGUGUAUAACAACAAUAACAACAACAAUCCCGAGAAUGGCAACAACAAUAACUAUCUGACGCUGCACGAUCAUUUCUACAACCUAGUGAUAGAGAUUCAGAACCGGGUCCUCAUGGCGGCGGCAGGCCGUGGCACCGGAGCGGGUGGGGUAGAAGGGGCUGCCGGAGGACGAGCAGGAGGAGGAGUAGGAGGAGGAGGAGCGAUUAACAAUCGCAACGGAACGCUGGAGGAUCUUCCGUUGGAUGACGAAGACCGGGACCAUCCGGUCGAUCGGCGUAGUAACUACCAGCGCAAUUACGAGGAGAACAAUUUCAUUUUCCCUGAGGCGGUGCUUACGACCCAGCAGGUGGUCACCCCGACGGAGAUCGGAGUUCAAUCCAUCGGUAGUCAAAGCGUAUCCCAACCGGGGUCGGGUUUUCGAGCUUCUUCGGCUUCGGUUGAAGAAAGCAAAGCGUUGGUGCAGGACGCCAGCGUAGAGGAGGCGGUCCAGGUGACCACCACCACCUCCACCGAGCAGCAGCACUCGCCGGAGAAGGCAGUGAAAGUUGCUCUGGCCUAUAGUAUGCCAGCCAUCGGUGGCACCGUCUCGAAACCGUCCAACGGUUCCAGUGAUGCUACCGCUAGUCAUCCGGCUCCUAGUGAUAGUAUCGAAGCGGAGGAAGCGGCUGGUGGUGUGGCGCGGGGGUCAACCAACGACACCGACCGGGAUCCGUUUGCUGGCGAUCACUUUCGGCGGCGACACAUCGAUGCCAACGUACCGGAAGGUCCUUCCCAUUCGGACAACGCGACACUGUAAAGCAAAACGCCUCGAUCGAAAGCGAAAACUGAUACUGUGCGGUCGCACGCUGACGAGAUAUGGUGGGGGAGUGUGAUGUAUUUAGCUAUCGGUGUUUCAGACUACGUUUAAUUGUGUUGUUUCCUGUUCUAUUGACACCGUUGCCUAUCGAGCGACCGGAUGCGACCCCCCCCAAAACCGGUAUCGUGGGCAAUAUUUAAUUUAUCAUACCAGACGGACCAGCAACCAGGGCCGUACUGUAACGCAAACGAACCCAAAUGAGACAAAAAAAAAUUUACGCCGUGUUGUAAUUUACGUUUAGUCACAAUCGAAAAUAAAAGGGAUAAAAAGGGUAGUGGAAAAAAGGAAAAAAUAAAUCAAACUCUCCAACGAAACCGAAACCGAGAAAGAUGCAUACGACACACAAAAACAAAAAAAACCAUCCCGGGGAAACACCGAUGUCGACGGUAGCUUUCGCGAAAAACAAAAAAGGGCAAACACGGAUACAG